CGUAAAACAAAAGACAUUCAUCCUUCUCCGACUCCGCACUCCGGAAUUCAUUAAUGCUCGAGCCAUUGCCACUGGCUCUAUGAGGUAAAAUUUUUAAAAAGUCGCUGAUUUCCCCCAUAUUCAUUGUUUGUUGACCAUUUCCAUUCUGCCCCCAAACCUCCAGCGAGGAUGGCUACCACUGUUACCAAUGGGAAAGAUGCCAGCGCGACUGGAAAACAAUCCGUCACGUCUGCCGACCAGGAUGUUGAUCGAAGCAAAGGCGAACUCGUAAAUGCUUCUGGACACGUCCAAGAGCUUGAACGUCAGUUCAAUCUGGUCAGUCUUGCAGGAGCCGGGCUUGUGACAGGAAACGUAUGGCCAGCCCUGGGUGGAAGCAUUUUGGUGGCAAUUUUCAACGGAGGCCCACCAGGUGUUUUGUACGAGUUCAUUGCGGUGUCUGUGUUUUAUUGGAUUGUCGCUGCAAGCAUUGCGGAAUUGGCCUCUGCGAUUCCUUCCAGCGGCGGAGUCUACCAUUGGGCAUCGGUGACCGCUGGCCGCAAAUGGGGUCGCGUGAAUGGAUUCUUUGGUGGCUACUGGAACUGGCUGGCCUGGGUUUUUGGCUGCGCUUCCAUGAGUUUCAUCUUCGCCAACACUGUGGUGCAAAUGUACGGUGUGACUCAUGCCGAUUUCACGGCAAAGCCGUGGCACGUCUUCGUGGUUUACCUGAUCGUUACAUGGCUCGCAUGCUUCGUGGUAUGCUGCUUCAACCGUGCCAUGCCAUACAUGACCCAAGUCGGUAUUUUCCUCAUUUUGGCCGGAUUCUUGAUCACCGUGGUCGUCUGUGCUGCGAUGCCCGGACAUGGUGGAAGACCUGCCCACGCCACCUCAAGCUUCGUCUGGAGCGAAUGGCACGCUGAUAUUGGAUACGGCGCUGGCUUUACAUUCGUGGCAGGCAUGCUGAACGGUGCCUUUGCAGUUGGAACACCAGACGUCACAACCCAUUUGGCCGAAGAAAUUCCCAGCCCACAGACAAAAGUCCCACAAGCCAUCGCCUGGCAAAUGGGUAUUGGCUUCGUGACAGGCCUCCUAUACCUCAUCGCCAUUCUUUAUGCCAUCAACGAUUAUGAUGCGCUCUUCAAAUCCCCUUUCCCGAUUGCUGAGAUCUAUCGACAAGCCACAGGCUCUUCCGCUGGCGCUAUCGGUCUGCUGUGUCUGUUGUUGUUCUGCAUUACCCUCAACGUGGUGGGCGUCUACAUCACCGCAGGACGGACACUUUGGACACUGGCCCGUGACAGAGCCACGCCCUUCCCAGGGCUCCUCAGCCAAGUCAGCCCUCGUUUGGGCAUGCCUUUCAACGCAACCAUCGUUUGCGCUGUUUUUGCCACUAUUCUCGGAUGUAUCUACGUCGGAAGCACCACCGCUUUCAGCGCCUUUGUGGGUAGCUACGUCCUGAUGAGCUCGGCGUCCUACCUUGCCGCUAUCCUUCCUCACUUGCUCACUGGCCGGAAAAACAUCAUCUUUGGGCCUUUCAGGCUCAAGGGUUGGUUGGGUUACGCCAUGAACUUCGUCGGCUGCGGGUACAUGAUGUCUUGGUUUGUCAUCUACUCGUUCCCAGUCUCCCUUCCGGUCAGCGCGCAGAACAUGAAUUAUGCAUGUCUCAUCUGGGGAGGUCUGACCAUUUUUGUGGCGGUCUGGUGGUUCAUUGGAGCUCGCAAGAAUUACGAGGGCCCUACAACGACUGGAGGCACAUCGGAGGUGGAGCAGAUUCGACGCGCGAGCGUGGAAAUGAGGAAGGGAUCAGUUUAAGCAUCUUCGAUGACUGUGUUGAUAUUGGUGUCAUGCUGGUCGCGAUCUGUGACCAGCAGAAAGAAAUCUUACGGAAUGUAUUUCAUGCCUUGGUUCUAAAGCAUAAGCCGUCCAAUGGAAACCUGUUGCGCUCUCUUUCAAACUCGUAUAUCAUCGGAG